AUGGAUAGACAAACACAGAGCCAGGAACAACCAGUACCUGUACAAAUUUUAUGCCGAAAUGGCUGUGGUUUUUAUGGACACCCUAACUUUGAUGGAAUGUGUUCUAAAUGCUUUAAAGAUUCAUUAGCACAAAAAGAGAAAGCAGCAUCAGUACAAGAAACUUCUAUAGAAACACCAGGAAAAUUUAGAACACCAACAUUAGUAAACGAUAAAAGUAGCGAAAUAAAAAAUAAGGAAUUGGAUGAAAUAGAUUUGGCGACGAAUAAUAAUAAGCAAGAAAAAGUAAAUCAAGUACAGGAAGUAAAAGAAGAUUCGUUAUCGACGAACUCUGAUACAGAUACACCAACUAAAUCAAUUAAGAGAAAUCGAUGCUUUACUUGUCGUAAAAAAGUUGGCUUAACUGGUUUCGUAUGUCAUUGUGGUAAUGUAUUUUGUAGCACCCAUCGUUAUUCAGACAAGCACGAUUGUACAUUCGAUUACAAAGCUGCCGGUAGAGCUGCUAUUAGCAAAAAUAAUCCAGUGGUUGUUGGAUCGAAAAUUCAAAAAAUUUAA